UACACAAAAAGCCCGAACCUACGGGCAAUUCAACUGGGAUGGGAGGUGGGGAAGCGGGUAGCAAGAAAGGACCAGGAACUGCAGAAGGAAGCCACCCAAAAGACGGAAGUAAAGAAGGGUUGCGAAAAAGCUGUUCUGUGAUACCAGAAGAAGGAAAUUGCGAAGGUUUGAAGCUAUGGUAUUACAACAAACGAAGAGCCAGGUGCAGAAAGUUCAGAAGUGGAGACUGUGAAGGGAACCACAAGUUUUUUACAACUAAGGAUGAAUGUUUGGACACAUGUCAAGGUAAACAAGGCACGCCAAGGCGAACGUGCUUUGCGAUGCCAGAAGAAGGAGACUGCGACUAUGUGGAUAGAUGGUAUUAUAAUACGAAAAGGAAUGUGUGCAAACGGUUCGCGGACGGAGACUGCGAAGGGGACAAUGCUUUCUUUAAAACGAAAGCUGAAUGUGUGCAGAUAUGUCAAGAUGCAUCGAAUGAACCAGAAAGUACAGUGCAUACAAAGGGAGGCGAAGAAGAGGAACCAGCGCCAAGCACUUCUGGCCACGGAAAAAAACAGAAACAGGAAAAGGGUGAAGUGGGCAGCAAGCAAACCGAAGGUGCAUCGAAGGGAAAGGGAAAGAUCGGACACGUCAGUGGAGGCGAAGGAGAGGCGCCGCUGACGAACACUACCGGAAAAGGAGGAAAGGAGGAAAAGAAGGGUGAAUUGGAGGGUAAGCCUAACAAGGGCGCAGGUGUGGUUACGACCAAACGCCCCGAGAAUAUCACAUUGCCUGGCCCUAUCGAAACACCCACAAUGUCAACGACAUCGAAAGGCCAGACUAUGACCGAGGCAAAGGGAACAGUUGCUGAGGCGAAGCGUCGACAGGAGCAGCGAAGGAAAGAAUUGGAAGCUAAACGCAAGCAACGCUCACGCAAACCUCAAAUCAAGGGAAGUUGCGGGUCGAGACCACGAAAGGGGACAUGUGACGUUGAUGCAGAGAAAUGGUGGUUCGACGGAACAUUUCGAGUAUGCAAAAAAGUCACACAAGGACAAUGCACAAACCAUGGCACAUUCUUUGAUACCUGCAGGGACUGCAUGAACAGGUGCUUUCGUCGGCAAGCGUUCCGGUGCAAAUACUGGGAGUGAAGGGACGUUACAAGGCAACAACCAACCUGGGAGCAGUGUUCACUUCAGACGUAAGCAGCACUACAAGCGGACUGUAAAAUACUGAAAUAAAAUGCUUACAUUGAAAUAAAUGAGAGAAACGGG